CGUAUUAACUAUAAAACAUAUAUCGUACUAGUACAAUAGCAAACUUACAGAAUCAAGCAAAAAUUCUAUGUUCACAACGUUCUUAUAUCAACUUCAAUUAAAAUAAAAAGUUCCCGAAUUUCGUGACUAUAUCGCGACGCAAUACGCAGAUUUCUAAAAUUCCAUUCCCGUAGAACUGUGAACUUAAUUCAAACCAUCCAUCGACAAACCAUCGAUAAACACCUUGAGCGUUUCAGACACUAAAUUCGAAGUAGAUAUACCGAUACCAACCGUAAUAAGACACAUACGGUGACCGAUCGUGCAGGAAUCAGGCAUACAGUGAAAGGUUUGAGACAGACAAUAAAAAUUGUUGAACGCUAGAUCGGUAGUCCAAUCGAGAACUUAAGAAUGAUUUUCAAGAGUGACGAGAAACCAGAACAACCUGCCGGGCAACGUGUCCCGUAUACGAGUUACUGCAACGGUAAUAUAAGAGGACACUGGGACAAAUUGGAUCCAUUCUCUCGCUCGAAAACCCAACGUCUAAACAGUCCUUGCCGCUUCUUAUCUAUGAACACCGACGCACCAAAUAAUUACAGGCACCAAUUAAUUACUAUGGUAGGCGGAAAACUCCGGACAGAUAGAUCCCUGCAAAAGUGAAAUUUGAAGAGUUGCGUUAAUUUUAUUUAGAAUUAUAGUUAAUAUCGAACACAAGAGCGUAACAAGUAAAAGAAAACAGUACAUGAAAUAAACACUAUUUUACAUAAUAUAGUUAUGCAAUACUAGUUAGAAUUCUUAAAAAUAUUACAUUUAGUACAUAAAGCGAACAAUGUUAGGGAAAUUUUCCUCCUCGCUGUAUACGAUCAAAUUCUCAAUUUCAACAAUCUGAAGAACAAUUCGAAAAAGUACCAGAAACCGUAACUUCUACAUGCUGUUGCUUUCCUUGACGAAUAUUAUAAUUCAUUAGAAGUAAUAAAAAAAAUCUCAAUUAACCAGUCUUCCCAAAUGGAGAAAAAUAUGGAGAGGCAGCGGAAUGCAGUCCUUAUUUAGCCGUAUAUAAAAUACAUAUACGUGGCGUCAAAGUUGUUGAUCGGUCCACGUUGCGAUCGAUUUUCCAGAUUCUCGAGAACCGGGGCUAGUCUGGUGGGGAAUAUUUAGGGGAUAUAAGGUGCUGUAACGAGACAAGGCGGCCGUAUAUACAGGAGUCGAAUAGAUAGUGAAAGUCCCCCAGAGCUAACAGGAGUAUAGAGGGCAAGAGGGGGGUAGGAACGGGGGACCCCAGUAAGGUAUAUGAGGGCCUCAGUUCGAGCAACCGCUGGUACUCUAGCCUCGCUGCCUACUUACAUUCACACACACUAACACACCAACCACCUGGAACACAAUGCGCACGGUCGCGACGGUACGUAUUUAGUGCGUCACCAUCGUCAUCGUUUCUCGUUAACGAACCCUUCGAGGGCCAAGAUUUUGACAAAGUUUCUUCCAAAUCGCGUGCUCUCUACCGGUCAUUGUAAAUCAUCGGCAUCAUCGUGACUAUCGUUCGUCGCUUUAUCAUCUGCAAAAAUUUCAGUCUCGCGUGUGAUGUGAUCGUUUUUCAUCGUGACGGAACUGUGCUUGUGAUUUGUGCAUUACUAGUGCACCGCGGCUGGAUCUCGUAAAACCUUGACUCGUUAAAGCUGACAGAAUAAUUCGGUGACGUCUGGCAAGAGUUUGAUAGAUAUAGAGGAUAGCUUAUAGACCAGACACGUUGCUCGGCGGUUUCGUAAGGCGAGCGAAAGAUAAAUGUUAGUUCCGAGCAAUCACUCGAUCCAGACCUUUAUGUGUGAUCGACGUCCCGAACACGGGAGAAAUCUGGUCGCCUCAUGGUCGUAAUUCGCGCGAUUCGACGGAGAUAGUUAUUCGCUCGUAAAAAUAUCGCGUACCCGUUACAAUUACCAUUACGCAACUAAUAGUCACCAACGACGUACAACCGCGUUAUUACAUUAUAAUUCGGAAGUACCUUUCGAUCGUUUUCCAUGCUACUCGAAAAAUUAUGAGAGCGUACACGGGCGGUAUCGGUAUUUUUUUGCCGCCUACUCGUUCGAAGAAAGACAUUAUAUAAUGAGCUACGCCGAACAAGAACACGUUCAGGAGUCAUGUCGAACAGUAUGCGUGACGAUAGUAAGCGUUUCUCGUUCGUGGCCAUUCGGGCAGAACUGCAGGAAGUGCGUUACGCAGAUGGAAGCGGUAAAAGUCGGCGAAUGGCGUGUAAUUUACGAUGAUCGAUUUACCAAUCGUGUACAUCUCCACGGGGAGGAAUAAAUACAGGCAAAACACUUGCAUUUAUUGCUUGUCGCGCUCACCUUCCGCCGAUACAACGGCGAUCGAGACUUUUACCGUGUAUAACGAGUCGACGUCAAGAAUCCGGUAUCCUUCGAAUGCGGUUAUCUACUCGAUGGUGGUGUAAUAAAGUCACGUCUGGCGGUUAAGGUUCUGGUAACCCGGAGGGUCAUGCAUCACUGCGUUUAGACCUUUCUGCGAACAAUUACGGUUUAUGAAGUCUCAGAUUAACAGCUCUGUAAUACUUUCCAGGAUACUGACCGCAUGAAGAUUAAGUUUACGGUGGUAUCGGCGUUGCUCGCUAGACACGUCUCGACUAUGUAAUCAUAAAUUAUGCGAAACAUGAAUUGCAAGCAAGAAAGAUUGGAAAAUAUUUCUAUUACAGAAUCUUUUUUAAUGGACCAUAGUUAUCGAUCGAAUAUCGUGCUGGUUAGACUGAUUCGUUGAAACGAAAAGCGAUUGUGUUAUGGAGUAAUUUACAAUACUUGUGUAACAACAUUUUUCCGCGAAAUAUAACCAUAUUCUAGGACAGAAAGUAAUAGCGGAAGUAGUAGAUGUUUCGAUAAUUGCAGUAAUGAUCUUUAUGAUCUACUUACAAGAUACGAGUGAUCGAUUGGAAAGGCACGAUUAAGAACGACGACGCCAAUAAUUUACUAACACUGUGUAUAUCUUUCGCACGCAUUCUGUCAUAAAAUUACGGAAUAUCAAAUAUUCGAAUAAAAAUGAAUUAUAUCGUACUAUUACUGGUAGCUGCCAUACUAGUAGUAUCGGCUCAGCAAUACCAGCAACCAGAUGCCAACUACGUAGACGAAUACUCAGCAUACGAGUCUCCAAGACCGACUCAUCCGACUCCCCGAAGUUAUGCCGCUAAUUCGGCGCCAAAUCGGCAAUCGGCUGGCCCCACAACCCCGAAACCAACCCCGGUGGCCAUCCUGAAGCAGAUCAACAGGCACAACGAGGACGGCUCGUACACGUACGGAUUCGAAGGAGCGGAUGGGUCUUUUAAGAUCGAGACGAAACUACCAACCGGAGAGGUAAAAGGUAAAUACGGAUUCGUCGAUGACACCGGCAAAGUACGUGUAGUCGAAUAUGGAGCGAAUCAAUACGGUUUCCAACCCGCUGGCGAGGGUAUCACGGUUGCACCACCGACUCUGGUCGACGACACCACCAGCAAGGAAGCUCUGCAAGCACAAAACUACCAAGAGGAAUACCAACAACCGGCUGCCAGACCUGCGCCACUUCGAGCAGUCGCGCCUGCGCCAGCACCUCGCCCUGCACCCCUUCAACAGAUUCAAUACGGACAGCCAGCUUACCAACAGCCCCAAACACACACCGAAGCCGUCUAUUCACCGCAACUGGCGCCCAGACAGCAGCCAAGUCUUCCGAAACCGCCAAUUUUCACGCCUGCUGCUCCUCAAUCCCCCCUCACUAAACAAACCACUCUCCUUCAACCUGAAGAACCAGCGCCGCCAUCUCAAUUGUAUAAUCAGGGACCAGCCCAGUUUGGCCCUGCUCCUGUUCAAGAACACCGUUCCCAGCCACAACCUCGUAGCCAAAGCGGCGGCAUCCUUGAUCAAUUAGCUAGGGAUUAUGCUUUGCCACAGGGCGUCGCACCACCGUUGCACGACAUCAGCUUCGGUUAUUACUAGAUCCUCUAGUCCCUCCCGUGUUCGUCAGGGUGGUCCCCGUGCGUUUUGAUCUGUCCGUAUUGUCUGAAGACGCGAUGCUUCGAUGGCGCACCCUUUUCGCCGUGAUCGCGGCGUGGCCCAUCGGUGACGAUGGGUGGCACUGUGAUUCGUACGUCGCGCGUCGAUUAUUACCGAAGAGAAUAUCGAGAAUUUAAGGUACAUUGCAAUCCAGCGAGAAAAUUGAAUCGAAAUCGAUAAUUUGAUUAUUGUUUCCAUUUUCUUUAUUGAUAUUUUUUUUCUUUUUGUAAAAUAAGAGAAUAAGGUGGAGGUUCUUGAGUUUUUCUUCGGUAAUAAGCAAAUCGCUGUCAUGGCUGCCUACCGAGUCGAACUUUUGUUUCUUUCGAUGAAGGUACGAAUCCAUUCUUGCCAUUGGAAUCAAAUGUGAUAAGCAUGUUUGAUGAAACGUGCAGUGGAAAUGUAAAGAAUGAUCUCUAAGUAUCUGUUCAGAAUAAUUAUUAGUAACGAACCUAUAUCGAAUGGAAUCAUUUUAUCCUUUUUUUUUUUUUAAACUUUAUUUCUCCAAUCAGGACCUUCUAAGGAGAGAUUUCGAAAGGUCAAGGAUUCAUUUCCGUUUCGCGAAUAGCCUUUUCACGUAAAACCCUGUCAAAAUCAUUAACCCUGUGUGUAAGGAAGGUUGUAAAAAUGUUGUAAAUAAAAAUUCCACAUUCCACGGUAGGCUUCCGUGCUGGUUUUAGUCUUAGAGAACGCAGCUUGCACACGCGUCAUAAGUGUACCGUUACAAUUUCAUUUCAAGGAGACCCUCACUUUGUCAAGCUGUGUCUUCGAGUUCGUGUCUCACGGGACUGCACAAUAAAAUUCAGCACGCUUACUAUUAUAUUAUAUUUUAAUUAUACUAUUAUAAGGUAAAUUAGAUUGGAAUAAAUCGCGAGGCCAACGCAACACCUUUUAUAAUCGUAACUCUGAUAUACCGCCCUUCAAUGAAAAUUCGAAGUAUUUUCACCCACGACUCAUCAUAUAAUUUACACAAGUUGAAGGUAAAUGUUUCGUUUUAAUUUUGUUAAUAAUUGUAAUGGAGAUAGUA